AUGUCGCCGCCGAUUCAGCUUUUCUUGACGACCAUUGCUUCCCAGCCAGCUCUACGGCAGCGCCAAGAGUAUCUCCUACGAGUCCUACAAGUAAAGAAAAUACCAUUCACUUCCUACGAUCUCGCCUCUGAUGAAACGGCGAAAAAAUUGUGGAGAAGGAAGGCUCCACUAGACAAACAGCAAUUGCCUGGAAUCCUUGUCGGUGGACGCUUUCCAGGUACUUUCGCCGAGUUUGAAGAUGCUGUUGAGUACGACGAACUCGACACAUUCCUCCAACUCAAGGAAUCUUGGAAUCCAGACGUAGACGAAGAUACACCAGCACCUCGAGUUCGGCCAAUCGGUGUGCCAGGCGCCAUGAUGCCCCUCCAAAUGACCCCCGAACGCCUGAAAUCGAAAAUCCUGGCCAAACCCGUUUCUUCGCCCCUCGCGAAGCCGCAGAUCCCGGUCAACAAGCGCGAAGGUGACUUUGAUAUUAGUACAGAACUCUCUGGCUAUGGUCUGCAGGGUGUGAGAGUGACUGAGGACGAGUUACGGGACUUGGUCGCCGAGCUAGGGUUAGAUGGGGAUGACGCUGGUGAUUUGGUGAAAGGGUUGAGCAGUGGUCCGUCGGACAUGGCGGAAGAAAGCUCGGCCUCCACAUCCAACGUCACUACCGGAACGAAGUCUGCAAAGAAGGAGCCAGAGACAAAAGUAGAUAAAUCACCGGACGCGAAGGUCGUCAAGGCACUGGAAGUUGACAAGAAAAACAGAGAAGCAUAA